GCAUGUAAAAGUGGCCGAACACGUUCAAUCCCACCACUCUCCCGUGUUAAACCAGGAGCUGCGGAGCUGUUAGUGUUACUGUGUUACUCGAUCAUCCGCUUCACCCGCUGUUUUCUUUAUUAGGAAACAUUAAUCAUGGCUGCUCCGCUCAAAGUGUGUAUUGUAGGCUCUGGAAACUGGGGCUCUGCCAUUGCAAGGAUCAUUGGCAGCAAUGCACAGAAACUGCAGCACUUUGCCACCACAGUGAAGAUGUGGGUCUAUGAGGAGAAUAUAAAUGGGAGAAAGCUCACAGACAUCAUCAACACAGAGCAUGAAAACGUCAAAUACCUCCCAGGCUACAAACUGCCAGAAAAUGUGGUUGCAGUGCCUCAGCUGCGAGACGCUGCAGAGGGAGCAGACCUGCUGGUCUUUGUAGUGCCUCAUCAGUUUAUCCGGAAGCUGUGUGAUGAGAUGGUGGGCUGUGUUUCUCAGAAGGCCAGAGGAAUUACUCUUAUUAAGGGCAUUGAUGAGGGGCCUGAGGGACUAAAACUCAUCUCUGACAUCAUCAGGGAAAAGAUGGGCAUUGACGUCAGUGUUCUGAUGGGGGCCAACAUUGCCAAUGAGGUGGCAGCUGAGAAGUUUUGUGAAACUACUAUCGGUAGCAAGAUCUUGGAGAAUGGGCAGCUUUUUAAAGAGCUUCUGCAGACACCCAACUUCCGAAUUACUGUUGUGGAUGAUGCUGACACAGUGGAGCUGUGUGGAGCCCUGAAAAACAUUGUAGCAGUGGGUGCAGGCUUCUGUGAUGGCCUGCAGUGUGGGGAUAAUACCAAAGCAGCGGUGAUCAGGCUGGGACUGAUGGAGAUGAUUGCGUUUGCCAAGCUCUUCAGUAAGGAUGGGUCAGUGUCUUCUGCCACCUUCCUGGAAAGCUGUGGAGUAGCCGACCUCAUCACUACUUGCUACGGUGGACGCAACCGGCGUGUGGCAGAGGCCUUCGCCAAGACUGGCAAGAGCAUUGAGGAACUAGAGAACGAGAUGCUGAAUGGCCAGAAGCUUCAAGGGCCCCUGACCUCUGCUGAAGUUUACCACAUUCUCAAACAGAAGGGCUUAGUUGAAAAGUUCCCCUUGUUUGUGGCCGUGUAUCAGAUUUGCUUUGAGGGAAAACCUGUUCAGGACAUGAUCUCCUGCCUGCAGAGUCAUCCAGAACAUCUUUAAGAACCUCACAGCAAUCUACACUCACGAUGGCUCACCACCAGGACCACCAGCGGCUCUGCCUUCCCUCCUAUGGGUAGCCUUGUCUCUCUCACCUCAGUUUUUAAACACUUCACUCCAGCCUUUAGUUUUUAUUUAGCCCGAGAUUUCUCCUGGACUUCCAUGGUUAGGUUGGGGUUGUUCUCAGGGUUACUCUUCAAACAGGUCAGGCAGUCGUAGAACGUUAAGUCAGCUCACUAAGUUCAAGUAGGUGUAUAUGAAGAAUUUGAAGAUAUCUUUUGAAUGGGGUUUGUUGCCAGACAUGACCUCUUAAUCUUGUAUUGUUACAGUGUGCUCUUAUCUUUGUAUCAGCUGCCCUCUUGUGGAGGGUCUAUAAUAGCUACUGUAUGAAAGAUGGGAAGUGGUCUAUCUUAAAUACCUCUCUUUUAACUAACCACUACUACCAAAUCUGAUGUCCUAUUGUUUUUAAUCUUCCUAACUUUGCUCAUGAAAGUUGCGUAAUGGUGUUUUCAUCCAGCAGAUAGUGCUAAUGAGCAGCUGUAGGUCAGAAUUAGUCACUGUUCUGCAGCAGGCAGGGCAGGUGAGGGCAUUUUAUACAGAAGUAUACAUACAACUUUUGGGACCAUUUUUUGCUCAGUACACACACAUCCUGCUGGGCAAAGAAGACAUUAGGAAGGUUUAAUACAGACACUCUUAUCAUUCUACUGUAGUUUGAGAUUCAUGUGGAACUAACUGUACAAUAUGUACCCCUAUAAUAAUUUUAACAUUUUUAAUACUUUGUACACUUUUUGAAGAUCCUCCAUUACUUUUACACAUUAUCAUUAUUAUUGUAGAAUGAUGGGCAAUUAUAUUUUACUUUUAAAUCAUAUUUUACUACUUUUAUUAGUGUGUGAGAUUUCAGUGUUUUGAGAAAUAAAGACACUGCCGCUUACACUACACUAACACCUUUUUUCACUUACUCUAAUAAAGAAUGAGGGAGACGGAUAAGGUAAAUAUAGGCCUAGUAACAUUAGUGCAAGAUUACUUUUUGUGUUAUAUACGUUACCAUGCCUUUUAAGCUCUGGUAGUUCAGGAGCAUAUCAAGUAUUUGAGACUGGCCUACUUGAAGAAAAUACGUCAUAGCUUUGCUGAUUGCGCUUAGUCUGAUUUUUUUUUUUAUUUUUUAUAAUACGUCAGUGUGUGGUGUCCUCUGUUCCACAAAGGAGCGGAUUUCAGUCAUUUUGCCUUCUGCACAUUUAUUUUAGGAACUAAGGGAAUUUAGCUGUGGUUUAGCUAGGUCCACAAGAUCUUAAUUGAGCUGAAGUCUUUUCUUUUUUAUUUUAAUCCUAGUGUGCGCACAAGCAUUCUUCAUUGACUGAUGUUACAGCUACAGUUACAUAUCUUUAACUGCACUCCAUUUUAAUUUGUGUUAUUUUUUUGGUUUAGUCAUAAUCCUACUUAUUAUUAUACAUAUCCAGUUUUGUCUACCGUCCAGAGUGUGUUUCUGUUAUUUAGACAAUCAUGGCUUUAACAACUUUUUUUUUUUAAUACAUGUGUUGUCAGAGUCAAUGCUGUUCCAGGAGCUCUGACUUCAUAUUUUACACCUCUAGUAGUAAUGUCUUCACCUAGUUAUUCAAAAAGUAAUACUCUAAUAAAGAGAGAGGAAAAAAAUCCAUGUAGCUAAAGUGCUUACUUGUGUGUAUAUAUCAUGUACUGGUUGCUUUUUGUUGCCUUUUAUGUUGCUUUCUGAUUGUUUUCUGAGCCACUCCAUAUUCUGUUACCUCUGUCAAAGUCAGGUCUUGUCCCAGUAAUGAAGUGUUUUGUUUGUUUGUGAAAUGAAAAGUGAAACGAGUAUUGUGUGCAAAAAUAAACAUUAACAUUUAUCAAGAUGUUGUCUGAUUUGUUUUAUAAUAAAAGUCGCACAGAGAACUUCA